AUUUUAUUUUUUUUUAUUUUAUUUUAUUUUUAUUUUUAUUAUUAUUAUUUUCUAUUUUUAUUUCCUUCAUAUAUUAUAAUAAUAAUAAAAAACUACAAGUAAAGCCUCUUCAAAUACAAAAUGGGUAUGCGCAUUGAUAUUAAGCGUAAAUUAUUAUCGCGUUCUGAGCGUGUUAAAUGUGUUGAUUUACAUCCCACUGAGCCUUGGUUGUUAACAAGUUUAUACAGUGGUAUUGUUCAAAUUUACAAUUAUGAAACACAGGCUUUAGUAAAAACGAUUGAAGUUUCAGAAACACCUGUUCGUGCUGCAAAGUUUAUUGCUCGCAAGAAUUGGAUCGUUACAGGUGCCGACGAUUCACAAAUUCGUGUUUUUAACUAUAAUACGCUUGAAAAGGUGACUUCAUUUGAAGCACAUCCGGAUUAUAUACGUUGUCUUGCAGUUCAUCCUACUCAACCUCUUUUAUUAUCAGGUUCUGAUGAUAUGACCAUUCGUCUUUGGGAUUGGGAAAAAGGAUGGAAAUCUGUUCAAGUUUUUGAAGGUCAUGCUCAUUUUGUUAUGCAUAUAACUUUUAAUCCUAAAGAUUCCAAUACAUUUGCUUCAGCUGGUUUGGAUGGCAUGAUUAAAGUAUGGUCACUUGGAUCUAAUGUCCCGAAUUUUACCUUGGAAGGUCAUGAAAAGGGCGUUAAUUAUGUAGAUUAUUAUCAGGGAGGGGAUAAACCUUAUUUGAUUUCUUGUGCUGAUGAUAAUCUUGUUAAAAUUUGGGAUUAUCAAAAUAAGAAUUGCGUUCAAACUCUUGAAGGUCAUAAUCAAAAUGUGAACUUUGCUGCCUUCCAUCCCAACUUACCCAUUAUCUUAUCUGGUUCUGAGGAUGGUACUGUUCGUAUUUGGAACUCGGAUACAUAUCGUCUUGAAAAUACAUUGAAUUAUGGUCUAGAACGUUCUUGGUGUAUGGCCACUCAAAAGAAUGGGAACAACGUGGCCCUGGGUUAUGAUGAAGGCUCCGUUGUGAUUAAACUGGGUAGAGAGGAACCUGCUGUCUCGAUGGAUUUAUCUGGAAAAAUUAUUUGGGCAAAGCAUUCUGAAAUUCAAACAACGAAUAUCAAAACAGGUAUCGAUGAAAAUGUCAAAGAUGGUGAACGCUUGGCAUUACCCAUUAAAGACCUUGGCAGUUGUGAAGUAUACCCUCAAACACUUCAACAUUCUCCUAAUGGUCGUUUUGUUGUUGUCUGUGGUGAUGGAGAAUAUAUUAUUUAUACUGCUUUAGCAUGGAGAAAUAAGAGUUUUGGUAGCGGUCUUGAUUUUGUUUGGGCUGAUGAUUCUAACGUUUAUGCUGUACGUGAAUCUACUUCAAGAGUAAAAGUAUUCAAGAAUUUUAAGGAAAGAUCGGGUAUGCUUCCGAAAUUAAAUUAUAGCGCUGAAGGUAUCUAUAGCGGUGCCUUGCUUGGUGUACGUGGCACUGGUUUCUUGAAUUUUUAUGAUUGGGAAAGUGGGGAAGUCGUACGUCGUAUUGAUGUAGAUUCCAAAGCUGUUUAUUGGUCUGAUGCAGGUGAUUUACUUGCCAUUGUAUGUGAUGAUUCGUUUUAUGUCUUGAGAUAUAAUGCUCAAGCUUAUGCUCAAUUUAUUGAAAACGGAGGUGAUCCAGGGGAAGAAGGCGUUGAAGAUGCCUUUGAGUUUAUUACUGAAGUCCCUGAGGUAGUAAAGACCGGUACCUGGGCAGGUGAUUGUUUUAUUUACACCAAUAAUUCGAAUAGAAUGAACUAUCUUGUUGGCACUGAAACAUACACGAUUAGUCACUUUGAUAAACCCAUGUACUUGUUGGGUUAUGCACCUAGAGAUAACAGAAUCUAUAUGGCUGAUAGAGAUGUUCAUUUUUAUAGUUAUAGCUUAUCUUUAAGUGUCAUUCAAUAUCAAACUGCUAUUCUUCGUGGUGAUCUUGAUGCUGCCGCUGACUUGCUUGAAUCUAUUCCUAAUGAUCAACGUGGACGUGUUGCAAGAUUUUUGGAAUCUCAAGAUCUUAAGGAAUUAGCCCUUGAGGUGACUACAGAUAUUGAUCAACGAUUUGACCUUGCUAUUCAACUUGGUAAGUUGGAUAUUGCUUCUGAAAUUGCACAUGAAUAUGAUUCUGAAACCAAGUGGAGAACUUUGGGUGAUGUUGCCAUGUCCUCUUGGGAUUUCAAGUUGGCAGAAGAAUGCUUGAUAAAGGCAAAUGAUCUUAGUGGUUUGUUACUCUUUUAUACUGCUAAUGGUAAUCGUGCUGGUAUUAGACGCAUUGCAGAUACAGCAAUUGAACAAGAAAAAAAUAAUAUUGCAUUUACUUGUUUAUUUGAAUUGGGGGCCAUGGAAGAAGCCAUUGAUUUGUUAAUCAAGACAGAUCGUAUUCCUGAAGCUGCCAUGUUGGCAAGAACUUAUUGUCCUGAUCAAAUUUCUCGAACUGUUCAAUUAUGGAAAUCUGGACUUGAAAGCAAAAACCGUAAAAAGACAGCUGAGAGUUUAGCAGAUCCAAAAGAAUAUCCUAAUCUUUUCCCUGAACUUUUAAACAAAGAUUUAGAAUCUACUAUUGAGGAGACAAGAACAACAACAACAGCAGCAGCAACAACAACAACAUCAUCAUCUUCAUCAUCAUCAUCACCUCUUAUUGAUGUUGAUGAUGAAGUAGUAGAAGAAGAAGUAGCAGAUGAAAAAGAAGAGUCUUAA